AUGCAGAUCCCCGUCGUGGACUUUUCGCAGUGGUACAACAGCCAAGAUGCCUCCUCUCGUCAACAGGUCGCACAUGCACUGGUCAAGGCUUGUCAGGAUGUCGGGUUCGUAUACAUCGUGAACCACUCGCUUCCUGGAUCGAUUCUGGAUGAAACCUUUGAAUGGAUGAGACGCUUUUUUGAGCUCUCGAGCGAAGACAAGAUGCGGGCCCCACACCCGGAGGGCUGGGCUGUACAUCGAGGCUACUCAUGGCCCGGUCUAGAAAAGGUUUCUCAAGUCAUGAGCACCGGAGAUGAUGAGGACGCGCGGAAGAAGCUGAGAGAGGUGCCAGAUGUCAAGGAAAUCUACGAUAUUGGCAGCGAAGAGAAUACCUUUCAGCCCAACCAGUGGAUACCGAAAGAGACACUUCCCGGUUACCAAGACUUCAUGGUUCAAUUUUACUGGGAGUGUAAUAAGGUUGGAAGCGAGAUACUACGUGCUUUGGCUACCGGCCUUGACUUGGAGGAUGAAAGCUACCUGACGAAGAAGCAUUCAGGUCACAACAACCAGCUCCGGUUGCUGCACUAUCUGCCUGUGCCGGCAGAAGAGUUGGAGAAAGAGCGAACCGCCCGAUGCCCGGCACAUACAGAUUGGAGUUCUAUAACCAUGCUCUUCCAGGAUGACUGUGGUGGCCUGGAAGUAGAGGACAUUUCUCGGCCUGGCACAUUCGUCCCCGCUCCUCCGUUGAAACAUGCCAUCAUCAUGAACAUUGGGGACUUAUUGCAAAUGUGGAGCAAUGAUCGUCUUCGGUCAACCAACCACCGCGUCAGACUACCACAACUCUCAGACCGAUUCGAGGGACCCAACCGGAUGACACGGGAGCGCUACUCAAUUCCGUAUUUCAUGUCUCCUGAUCCAGACGUGACCAUUGAAUGUAUUCCGUCAUGCAUGAGUGAGGCAUAUCCGGCAAAGUAUAAGCCAACCACCCAGGCUGAGUACAACAAGAUGCGAGCCUCAAUGAUGUAUUAA